UUGUGUCUGACGCAAGCUUCUUCAUUGGAACUUUUGCGUCAGAAGCUGAUACGUAAUGGUUUGGCUGAUGUAAAAUACGUAGUAGUUAACACUCAUAUUUGGCACGCUAGAGUGAGUAUAGGCGAGUUGACGAAGCGCGUAAAUAUCCCCGUAUAUCAAGACAACAACCGAGGCCAUGUUUGGAAGAAACUGAAUGGACGCAAGGACGAUUUCUUCAUAUAUGACAGGUGUGGUCGACUUGUGUUCCACAUCCCCCUCCCCAAUAGUUUGCUAACCUAUCCCUACGUGGAGGCUGCUAUAUUAACCACGUACUACGAUACACCUUGCCCUCAGUAUUGUGAACACGACCCCGCCUUUGAUACCAUCCCUCCACAUAUGAAACUUGUAAUUGAACAAGACGAUUCAACAACUGGAUUGUCAGCCGUUGAGCCAAGCUCUACACCGUCAUCAGGGCCGUCAUCUUCCACGACAAUGCGGCCACCAUCAAUGAAAUCAACGUCGUCCAUCCUGCUUUCAACGAUAUCCGGACGUGUUAUACAUGAGGAUGACCACAGGGAGAACGGUUCACAAGGUCAACAUCAUUAUACGCAUCAUUUUCAUCGUCAUAACAAGAAUCACAAACAUAAACAAACUACCCAAAUGGGAGGAGAAUCGACAUCAGAUACUCGAACACAAAGACUGAUAAACGACACCAGGUGA